GCACUUGCGUACGGUUCACGAGUCUGUUAUGAACAAGCGACAAGCGAAUGAGGCACAGUCACCCGCAUCUUUACUAUCUUUCGCACAAAUUCAUUGGACUGCGCAUCUAACUGGACGGUGCAAGUACGAUGCCGAAACAGCUACAAGCUUCGACUAUGCGCGGGAUGUUCUGACACCUACAAAAACGGCCAUUAAGAACGCUGCAUUCGAUUUGGUCGCUCUUCGAGUGCUACCUUUUGUGAAUAACUCGGGCCUCAGGUCCUACCUAGAGGUUCAGUUGAUCGGCCUGAUGCGGCAACAGGUCGUCGGCGCGGUCUCAAAUGUUAGAGAAGAAGAUUUAGUGUCUUCCGAAGAUAUGAGCCGUCUUCUCCGUCGGGAGUUGGAAAUCUUCAUCGAUGUUUUCGUUGGCAAUGUUGCAGAUGUCCUGAAAGAGAUCAAGUUUGCAGAGGAAGACCUCAUUCUUGCGCAUAGUCAGCAGCAGGAUGAGCCACUCAGUCCGACACCCCCCCUUGAGCCAAUCAAUCACGAUCUUGAAUCAUUCUUCUACGUGAUUGCCAAACUAUACGAUGGUCGGAAAAAUGCUGCAGAGAAGUUCUGGGUGGAUCACGACAGCAAUCUUUACGGGUUUCUAGAUUGGGGCCUGAAGUGUCAGACUCCAUCUAUGAUAUGCGCAUUCGCCCACAUGCUUUCUUGCAUCGCGACUGGCGAAGAAGCCAGCUCGGCGUUGUUUGCGUUCCUUUCCGAAGAUGGAGAUUUGAAGGGUCCCGCCUCCCGUGUCCGAUUCAACUUUACCUGGAAACACAUAUUCGAUGCUCUGCAGCACUACGCGCAACGAUUGGCGCCUCGCCCCAAAAUGAGUAGCAGCCGAGGCUUCAUUGCAAUGACAGACGAAGGCGAACACCUGAAAAUCGACAGUGAAUCGCAGACCGUGCUGCUCGCAUAUCUACAGCUGCUGGAGCGUGUAACGCAGUAUUCUAUGACCGCACGCAUAUCUAUGUACGAGAACCUCGAUUUGAAGGCAUUUGAUGUGCUAUUCACUUUCCUCGGGUGCCGUCCUUCUGGCGAACUGCAAGCAGCCUUGUUACGUGCAGUAUCCGGAUUUUGUUUCGGUGGAGUCCGCGCAAUCAAAGACGUGAUCUGGCAGGCACUGGAACAUUGGGUUUUCCUGGCAGACUUACCCGCAGCAUCCGCCUGGGCUGGGCGAAGCACUGGCCGUCCGAAGUCGCGGGUUGAGCAAAUCUUGACCUUCCCGAAUGAGGUUAUGGCCUUUAUUGAUCUGUUGACAAAACUCGUGGAGCCCAACCCUGAGGUGGAUGUUUUAAACGACAGCCUCCCUUUCCCUGAGGGCCUUGGAAGGUCACAUAGGACGUCUGACGUUAAUCCGUACGUCGACUACGUCAUUAAUGUCAUCCUCAUGAACGUGUCGUCUUGUGCAUUGUCGCAGAAUGAGCAAAUACGGUUAUACGAAGUUUGCAUUAACUUCAUCGAGACUUGCUUGGACUCUUACAAUCUCAAUCUCGUUAGCAUUGCUGAUCUGCGUGUUAUCGACGUGAGCAAUGCAAUGAAAGCCUCCACGUUGACAACCUAUGUCGCUUCGCAUCCGGGAGCACGUGUCUUGUAUGACAUUCUGAAUGAAAGGACCUGCUCGUUGAUCUUGGAUCUUGCAAGCCUUGGUGUCGAGGCCAUCGCGGGUGAACCGCGUGCAUCGUCGCUCGUCAAACUUGUCAAUGCUUCCUUGAAGGUAGUCAAUCUUGCUCUGGAUGUGGAGACCCCCUUCAUCGACGCGGUUCUUCCUCAAAUGCAGACACAAUCCGUGGGAUUGCAGAAGCGACACGGGCAGAUCACGACUUUCGAAAGCAGUAUUCUUUACCGCGUGCCCUUCCUCGUCCAUGCUGCGCUAUACGUGGGUGCGGAUCGAGAUGACAUUGCUCGCUCUGCUCUUGCAAUUCUGUCGAAGGUUGAGGAACUACCUAUGUUCUCUACAGUGCCGGGUCACGGGGUGAAGAGCAGGCUAUUGAGCGCCUUGGAUACUGUGGACGAAUCUCGGAAGAUCGUGUUCGGCUUCUUGAACAAAUUAGAAGCGCCGCGGCCAAAAGGAGAAAGAGAAGCGUCAGUCGCGGCCAUUGGUGAACGUGAGGAUCUUCGGACGUCGAUACUAAAAUUUAUUAGCGGAUCGUUGCGAAAAGAGGAAACGUCCGCGACUGUAGGGCAUAUGAUUUUGGGCUUCGAAGUUGCCGAGGGCACCGGGCUGCUGAAGCUAUCUACCGACAGGGGUGGCAUCGCUUCCGGGGUGUCAGUCUUUCACCUGCUCCUCGAUUUCAUCCGCAAAGGUUGUGAGUUGGAGGAACAAGUUCCUUCCUCGCUUCACUACAUGCAUUUGUCUGACCAUUCGAUGGAGAUCGUCUCCUAUUUGUGUGGUUCAUCAUCAACAUCUGACUGCGUCCUGAAUUAUCUUCGUACUCACGAAGACUUCUUCACGGAGAGAUUAGAUCGUGAACUCCGUAUGACAAUGGAGGUAUUUACCGCUGCAGCAGAAGCGAAUGGAAAUGAUUCAAUCGAUCUCUUUUCGAUGUAUGGCUCCCUAUUAAGACGUCGCCAGUACUUACUACAGUAUCUCGCCGCAGAACUGUACACGGCGACCCAACAGGGUUCUCUGUCGCAGCUGCACCGUUAUCUGCGAGCCUUGAUCGGACUGAAAGACGUCUCAGAAACUCCACACGGUCAAGACUACCACUUCAUUCCGAACAGAAGCUAUGUUGGGAACGGCUUGCGUUUGCUUGACUUCCUUGAAUUUCUAGAUCACGAGGUGGACAUAUCUGAUACACCAACGCCUCUUACGGCGUUAGACAGGUAUGGAAGUGUUUCUCUGGAUGCAUGUCAAAAGGUUUCCGACGAUGGAUUACUGCUUUUUGACUACCAUGCAGCUUAUUCAAUCGUUUCACUCAAGAUCAACGACCUUAUCAAUGUCGAUCCUACGCUCGCUACGCAAUUACCCAAUAUGCAAACGCAAAGGGACAACGAUAUCAGAGCCCUCAUACAAGAAAAUUACGCCCGAGGAAUACGGGCUGCCCAAGUGCAUUGCGUUAAAAACUGGGUGAAAAUAGUGAAAAUCCUCAUGCAAGACUGUUUGACGGCGAUGGAUGAUCAUGCUCGUGAACGCACAUCGCUGGAGCUCAUCCAGGAGAUCGUACCGAGAUUGUCACAUUACGUAUCUACUAAUGAAACCAUACUGGAGGCCUUCUCUGAGGCUCUCCUUACGGUCGUAGCAGUUGCAGAAGACCGCUUCCUAAACAACGACGAAGCUUCUGUUCUGAGUGAUGAACGUCUUCAAUCGGCUUUCAGGAUUGUAACGCAAUGUAUCGUGAGUCCGUCUGCUACUCAGCAAGCCCGGGAGACUCUAUACACCAUCGCUGUUAAGUAUAUCAAGUACCUCAUGACUUUGCCGGAAGGAAGCAAACUUGCGGAAGGGAAUGUCCGGAUCAUUAAAGCUGCUGGUGAGCGUUUCGUGGAAGUCGUGUGCCAGGAUGCUGUGCAAAACGGCGGGCCAUGCCGAGUCAUGGCCUUUUUGCUACUGGAAGCCCUUGCGGCUGCGGAUGCACGAUACCGACUCAAUCAAGUUCUGGACGUUUUGGUUCGCCGGAAUUACCUGCAGGCGUUUAUCUUGUCCAUCAAAGACUCAGAAGAAGAACUUAGUACGCUGUUGAGGCCUGAUUUUGGCUCAGCGUACGAAUUGACCGAGUACAGAUCAAAAAUGAGCUUGCUACUACGGCUCGCGAUGACGAAGGCGGGUGCUAUACAAAUUUCUCAGACGAAUUUUGCUCGGCUCCUUCAAUCCUCCUUCUUGAAUUCGGAGCUUGAUAUACAAGAACUUCCCAUAGACGCGCGACAAAAAUACCGCCAAUUAUUCGAACCAAUGCUGUCGGUCCUUCUUUGCUGUCUGUUCAGCAUUGGCACGCAACACAUGGGUCUCAUUCAGCAUGCCCGGGAGUUCGCCGC